UUUUGGAUCAUAAAAUAUUUAUCUCGUCUAUAAUUGUAAGUUCACAUUUCAAUAGAUUCAUUUAGUGAAGUUUCAACUUCGCAACAGAUCCACUGUCCGCAUUCUGAGAUAUUAGAAGCGAUAUUUUUCUGUGUUGUUAUUGAAUCAAAAGCUGCCUGCAUGUUUUUUUUAGAAGAAUAUUACAACAAAUUUUUAGAUUUGCCACCAUUCUUUCAUUUCCAAGCUGCUUUUUCUGAUAAAGAAAUUUUCAAUUUGGAAGCAGAUUUUACAAGCUGUCAUUGCGAAGAAGACAUCGACAUGGCAUCAGUCCCUCAGGGAGCCUUCGCGGCCAAAAAAAUGCGCCAAAGAGAGGAACAAAUUCAAGCGGCUUUGGAUCCCACCCAGUACAAUAGUAAAUUUAUGAAUAGUAUUUGGGGGCAAUAUAACCGAUAUUCAGUCCAUAAUUUAAAGAAACUGAUGCACGAAAAUACUCAAAAGUACUUUGUGGUUCCAGUUGAGAAAUUCUCAACUGGAGAGCAAAUUACAUUCUUGAAUGAAGUACAAAAUUCACAAAAAAUCUACAAUUAAUCUGGGUCAAGGCUGAAAAUGAUGAUUAUAGAAAAUGUAUUUCUAUCAAUAUGUAAUUUUUUUGGUAAAUAUAGUUCAUAAAAACAAAAUCUAUUUCACUAAAAACAAAAUUGUACAAUACCAAUGAUAACACUAAAAUCCAUUCAAUAAAUUAAUUUAUUAUCAAUGUCA